AUGAAAGCCGGACCGCUUCUCAUUCAAUGGCACCAUGAGAGCCAGCCUAUCUAUUCGGUCCACUUCGAUCCCCAUGGGAAAGGGAGGCUAGCUACGGCUGGAAAUGAUAACAAUGUCCGGUUGUGGAGCAUUGAAGCUCAAGGCGAGGAGAGAAAAGUCACAUAUCUGUCAACCCUCACCAGACACACUCAACCCGUCAAUGUCGUCCGAUUUUGCCCCAAGGGCGAAAUGCUGGCUUCGGCCGGCGAUGACGGCAACGUCCUUCUUUGGGUACCCUCCGAAUCUUCCAUGACCACCUUGACCGAUGAACAUGCCGAUGACAAGGAAACGUGGAGGAUCAAACACAUGUGUAGGACGUCCACCGGAGCAGAAAUCUAUGAUCUGGCCUGGUCUCCAGAUGGUCAAUAUUUCAUCACAGGCGGAGUCGAUAACACGGCGAGGAUCUUUAAUGCACAUACCGGGAAUAUGAUCCGCCAAAUAGCAGAACACAAUCAUUUCGUACAAGGGGUAGCUUGGGACCCUCUGAAUGAGUUUGUUGCAACUCAGUCCUCGGACCGGUCGGUCCACAUCUAUGCUCUCAAGCUCAAAGAUGGCACGCCCACACUUUCUGCCCACGGGAAGUUCAACAAGAUGGAUCUCCCCGGUCGACGGAUAUCGUCCAACAGCCCAGCACCAGCAGAGUUAACACACCGUGCCUCCAACUCAAGUGCCAACAACCUUGCCAUUGCGUCCCCUGCCCCCUCAAAUCCCGGAACCCCUCUGACCACACCUCUACCAAUGGAUCCUCCCCUCCUAACCUCAAGCCGGCGGUCUUCUUUUGGCUCGUCACCAUCAUUCCGACGAUCUGCUUCACCGGCACCCUCAUUACCGCUGCCAGCUGUCAGACCAGAGAUUUCGUCUCCGAGUCUCAAUGCGGCCAUGGGUCUGGCCGUCAGGAACACGAACUUGUACCACAACGAAACCAUGACCUCUUUCUUUCGUCGUCUUACGUUCUCACCGGACGGCAGCCUGUUGUUUACACCUGCCGGACACUAUAAAACCAGUUUUCCAACGGCGUCUGAUCCAAUGAAGACCACAGAUGACGUGACAAACACGGUGUACAUCUACACCAGAGCUGGCUUCAACAAGCCUCCAGUGGCGCACCUUCCAGGGCACAAGAAGCCUUCCGUUGCGGUCAAAUGCUCCCCUAUUCUCUAUACCUUGCGCUCCGCCACGAAACCGACAAACCACAUAACGAUCGACACCUCAUCGGCGAGCGAGGAGAUACCGCUCCUACCCGAUCCUAUUGUCCCACAGGUUCCAUCAACGGUUAUGGAGCCUCCGCCCUUGUCGGCCACGACUCCAGGUCCGGAUUCAAUGUCUGCUCCUUCACCCAAACCCUCGGUCGACGGAGAACCUGCAAGCCCUGCACCGACUCCUGCCUUCUCCCUACCCUAUCGAAUGAUUUAUGCUGUAGCGACGCAGGAUGCAGUGUUUGUCUACGACACUCAGCAAACCACGCCUAUUUGUGUUGUGAGCAAUCUUCACUAUGCCACAUUCUCAGAUCUGACCUGGUCAAACGAUGGCCUUACACUGCUGAUGUCCUCUACGGACGGCUUUUGCUCGACUUUGGCUUUCGCACCGGGUGAGUUGGGGCAGGUCUACACAGGACCCCAUCCAACCUACAGCCAUCCAGUUGUUACAACAUCGAUACCUUUACCUACUUCUUCUGCAAAUUCAACACCUGUUCCGACACCUACCGCUACAGCGUCCCCUUCACUGACAAAAGCAUCUCCUGUUCCUGUACCACCAUCGCAUCCUUCACCGGCACCGUUUAUUCUUCGUCCAGGAAGUCCAACGAGAUCCAAUUCGCAGUCAUCGAUAGCUACAAUGACGUCGAUUCAAACUUCAGCUCUUCCAAAUAAUGCUACACCUACCCUUGGGCAUGUACCCCUGGUGACCGCCUCCAAUUCCGGACCUCCAAUAGCUAUUCCGCCCAUGACGACGCCGCCCCAGACUCCUGCGAGUAUUCACGGCGGCCAACAUUCUGCAACAAGCUCGAUUAGUGGUUCUGUCUUGGGCAAGAGAGACGGGGCAACAAGCGAAAGCGAAAAGGAGGAGAGCAAGUCGAAGAGACGGAGGAUCGCUCCCACGCUUGUUGGUCCUUCAGGCUCGAGUGAGAAUGCUAAAGAAGAAGGCAACUAA